AGGGCUUUUACUGGUGGCGAUAUUGGUGCUAUGUUCUUUCUUUAAAACCAUUUGAUCGGGAACACUUGCUACUGUUAUGCCAUGUGCUGGAGUCGGUGUAACCUCCGGUUACCAACAUUGGCUGGAACAUAAGUGGUAUUUAUCGAUGACGUAGAAGAUAUUUCAGUUGUGUGAAUAAACAAUUCGGGGGCUAACUAUCAACUUGGGGCUGUUGCAAUGGUCCCCGAGAGUCGUAUGAUUACUUGGCUUAGUUUCCACACACAACAUGAAAUGUAAAGAAACCCCUCGUUUCUGAUUGGUUGAAAAUAAAUUGCCGCAAACAUUAAAUGUCAUGGCAAAUGUAUAUUUUUCGCCUUAGAUGCCAAUUUUGAAAAUUUAGGGUACCACAAAAGUUGCUCUGUUGUAGCAGUUCGCCGAUGCGGUUACCUGUUAAAUCUACCUUGGCUAGGAUUUUUUGAAAUUUCACAGCGCCUAUCAGCGAAUUCGUACGGCGGUUACUCGCAUAGGCUCUGUACUUUUCUACCAAUGCGCGGUAAGAAAAAUUUUCAAGGCAGAAUUUAGUAAAUUUCAAAAAUGAGUAAGAAUAAGGAUUUCGGACAGUCUUUUCAUAAACUGCAUAAUAAGCUGUUACUAAAGGGAGCUUCUUCAAUAUCACCUCUAUCUUCAAAUAAGAUGUGCAGCAAACGACUUAACUCCCUUUGCAAUACACCGACUAGGAAUACAAACUCUCCAUCAACUGUCCUUCGGAAGACCCCAUCCGCCAAUGCAUGCUAUACACCAUCAUCGUUAUUUCGGAAUGCAAACACAAAAUCUAGAUGCCAGAGAACUCUCGAACUUGGCGAAGCACCUCCCCCUAAGAACCUAAAAUUGGAUAAUGUUGCAGUUGGUGAUGACCGUUUAACGGUGGCCGUAAGAGUUAGGCCUCUAAAUGCUCAGGAAUGUCUGCACCAUACUGUGAGAAAUGUUACUAAAGUAAAUGGCAAUGAGUUAACGAUAUUAGUGGGCACAAGUGCUGACUCGUCCUGCGGUGUAAACCACACUUUUGUGUAUGACCGGGUCUUCUAUAGUUGUGACCCAGACUCUGAAAAAUACGCAACACAGAAGGAAGUUUAUGAUGGUACAGCAAAACCAUUAAUUCAUAGAGCAUUUGAAGGAUACAAUGCCUGCUUGUUUGCCUAUGGACAAACUGGUUCCGGGAAGUCGUAUAGCAUGAUGGGCGUCGAUACAUUGGUGGAUCCUAUAUCGAGUAAUUUGGUAAAUUCUGAAGCCGGCAUUAUUCCAAGGUAUUGUUUUGACCUAUUUGAAUACAUAGAAACAAAUAAAGAGAAAUUCCAUGCUGAAAUAGAAAUUAGCUUUUUCGAAAUAUAUAACGAAAAAAUCCAUGACCUGCUUUGUCUCGAGGACAGCGAUUACGGCAGCAACAAUUUUAAAAAUCAUUUAGGAACACCGAAACCCGAUCGAAAAGCAUUAAAAGUACGCGAGCAUCCUAUUUGGGGACCCUAUGUUGUCGGCCUCAGUGUACACCCUGUGGAUUCAUACGAAUCAUUAAGGAACUGGCUGAUUGUUGGAAACUCACAGAGAGCUAGUGCUGCUACCGGUUUGAAUGACAAAAGUUCUCGAUCGCAUUCGAUAUUUAAUAUUAUGCUUAAUAUUACUGACGUGGAUAGAAAAACAAUAAAUGACGAUCAAGGCAAUGGAAGCUGUCAAUCGCGAAGAAGUAAAGUAAGUCUGGUCGAUUUAGCAGGAAGUGAAAGAGUUAGCAAUUCUAAUGGAGAAAGAAAACGGGAAGGAGUUCACAUUAAUAAAAGCCUUCUUACUUUAGGAAAAGUAAUUGCGGCACUGUCGAACGAGAAGAAUCAUGUUCAAAGUAAAAUAUUCGUGCCCUAUAGAGAAAGUGCACUUACCUGGCUUCUUCGUGAAAACCUUGGUGGAAAUUCGAAAACCGUUAUGUUAGCUACAAUUUCGCCCGCUAACACACAUAUAGACGAAACCUUGGCUACUUUGCGUUACGCAUGUCAGGCCAGUCGUAUUAUCAACAGAGUAAAAGUUAACGAAUCACAACAUGACAAAACUAUAAGAGAACUUCGAUCCGAAAUUGAUAGGUUGAAAUCUUUACAUUUCGAGUAUGAAAGAAAAAGAAUAUUAUCUGAAUCUAUGAACACAGUCCCGAAGGCGAUCAUAGAUAAGUUUGCAGUGAAUGAGAUUGAAAUGGAAAAUUUAAGAGAGUUGCUUGCUGAACGUGAGAUGGAAUUGAAGAGAGCACAGAAAUCAUGGAUGGACCGACUGAAAGAAGCUGAAGAUUUGCGAAAAUCGGAUAUGUUGUUGCUACGUCGCAAAGGUUUAGCGCUUGAAUUAUCUAAGGAUUUACAUCAAGCAUGUCUGGUUAAUUUAACGGACGAUCCGAUGCUCAGCGAAACACUUUUUUAUAUAUUACCACCUGGACUUGUUACAAUUGGCCGCACGAGAUCAACCACUACUGGUACCCAACCUGAUAUCAUAUUAGACGGCCCCCUAAUCGCACAUAAUCAUUGCACAAUUGAAAAUAAUAAUGGAAGCCUAUUCGUCACGCCUGAGUCGAAUGAUUUUCAAACUUAUAUUAAUGGCGAAAUUGUAACAUCCCGAACGCAAGUGCACCACGGCGAUCGUUUAGCUUUCGGAGGAUCCCACUUUUAUCGAAUUAACAAUCCAGGGGAAUCAGAAAAAGGAAACAAUAAGUUGUUCGAUUUUAGAUACGCAUAUCAAGAAAUUUUGGAAAAACGCGAGGAAAAGAUACGUUUGGAAUUGGAAAAUGAAAAAUUUCAAGCGAUAAAUAAAAUUGAAGUUGAUCGCUGUGAACAUGAGAGAAAAAUGAAAGAACGUCUGGACCAAAUGGAUUUAAAGCAAUUAGUUUUGAAAUGUGAUGAGGAAAUUAUUGACUCUGAACGAAAAUUAAAUGCCCAACAUCUUAAACAGGAGACAGCUCUCGGUAAAAGUCCAUUGAAAGUAGUUCAAAUGAGGAAAUCGAAUUUGUUGGAUGAAAUUAAUAAUAUAAUGCAAACCCCCAGCAAAGGAAUACAACAUAAAAUACAGUUGUUGGUAAAUGAAGCAAAUGAUCAUUGUGAAAAUAAUAACAUUGACUUGGAAUUUAAACCAUUGUAUGCGGUGGAUCAAUUUGGAGUUCCCCACUUUCAAAUAAUAAUCGUCGAUAAGGAAAAGCAACUGCAAGCGGAGUGGCCGGUAGCUAGACUUCAGGUUUGGCUCCAUACUUUACAAGAAUAUUGUCACCUGAAAGAUAUAUUUAAAUUUGUGGAUAUCGAAUGGAAGAAAUUGGAUGGACAAUGCAGAAAAAAUGUGUUUGAAGAUAAGGAUGUAGUUUCAAAAGAGCCUGUUCAUAAUAUAACCUCUCUACUUCCUAUCGAAAAAAUAUCGCCGAACAACGAAAAUACGGAUAUUGGAACUACAGCCGUAAAAUACCUUGACCAAAUUUUGAAAUCUUCGGAAGAUCUUAAAGGACUAUGUUUAUCUAAUUAUGGUAGUAUGGAACUUAAUAAUGUGCGAUCGUCUUUAAAAGAAUUGUUAGAGCGCAUAACUGACACCCUGAAUACAGUUGUCAAUUGUAUAGAAAACAAUUGACCACCAAAUAAGAACGUUUAGAACAAACGUUGUAAAUUAUGCUGUUAAGCAUCAAUACCAGAUAUUACACAAAACUUUGUCAAUACUAAUUCUUUGAUCAUUUUGCGUUACUGACAUGACUAUUUUACUUAUUAUGUAUCAAUGCAUAUUCAUGUAAAAAAAUAACAAUUUUACAAUAACGUCGUUGUUGUUAUAUAAAACAAUUUUUCAAUUAAAUAAAUUCAAAAAUAUAGUUUUUAAAAA